AACGUAUAAUGCAAGAGCGGAGAGGAGAGGAGAGGAGAAAGAGCAGCGAGGCUACAAGAGAGAGAGAGAGGGUGGAACAAGGAGGCCAACAGAGAGAGACAGAGAGACCAGCGCGCACUGUUGAAGUGGAACUGCUGGGACGGAGAAAAGGAAAGAGCAAGGAAGAGAAAAUCAAGAGGAGAGAGGACCAUCGCAGUCCAGCACCUCAUCUCACCUGAUAAGAAGAUACCAAAGGCUCCGAACAGGGUGUGGACCCACCACCAUCGGCAGACAGGGCAUUCACAGUACCAGGGAGAGACGACACAAACACACUCCGCCUUGCCCUUGAGGAAGGGCCCGGUAGACAAGUGUGCCUGUGUGCGCGCUUGCGUGUCUGUACACGUAAGUGUGCACGAGUGUGCAUGUGUGUUUGUGCCCGAGUGUGUGGUCUUGUCUUGUGUACAUGCAUGGUGAGAGGAGUGGUCGGUCGUUGAUGGAACAGUGAACCAUGGCUCCAGCGCAGUGUCAGCAGCCAGGCUGUAGGGGGCCCCGCGGCUCCCUCCGCCACCAGCACCCGCUCCUCUGCUUCCUCCUCCUCGCCAUCGUGACGGGCUCCGCACUUGGAGACUUCGAGAUCCACCCACAAUACAAAAGGAAAGAUUCUCCCAGGUCUGUUAGGUCCAGCGGUUAUUCGCUUCUCCAUAUGCCUUGGCCCGAUGCCAUCAAAAAAGUGGUCAAGAUGCCGCCCACCGUCACAGUACAGCCCCUCUCAGUCAUAGCACACGAAAAUGAAGCGGUCACCCUGGAGUGCGAGGCCUCAGGGAAUCCAGAACCACGCUAUCGCUGGGAGAAAGACGGGAUGCUGUUCAGAGACCUGGAGGAGAUAGGAGACCUGGUGGUUAACAAAUCUGAGACGCUAAACGCCUUCGAGGGAAGAUAUCGCUGCUACGCCUCAAAUGAGCUUGGCACAGCGGUGUCCGACGUGGCUGAAAUCACCGCAGCUUUCGUCCCAGCUGUGAUGAAGCACACGCCUGAGCGGUUCCGUAAGGAGGAGGGAGAGAGCCUGACCAUGCCCUGCGACCCUCCCCCCGACGCACCUCCUCACAAGAUCUACUGGACCGACGCAGACAUCCAGCGUGUCCACACCAGUGAGCGUGUCACCCCUGGUCUGGAUGGCUACCUGUACUUUGCCAACCUGAUCCCCAGUGACUCUCGGAACGACUACACCUGCCACAUCCGUUACCAUAGGAACAUGAUCAUCCAGGAGGCCAUCACUCUCACCGUCACCCCUACCAACUCCUUCCAGAGGCACCCGCCCCACAUCCUCAGGCCCCCCAACUCCCACAGCAGCUACGUUGCCCUGAAGGGCCAGCACUUCAACCUGGAGUGCAUCCCCAAGGGCCUGCCCACACCGACGGUCACGUGGAAGCGUAAGGACAGUAACCAGGAGCUCCCCCACAGGACCAUGAACCACGGCAGAUGGCUGUCCUUCAGUGGCAUCGCGGAGAGCGAUGAUGGAGAGUACGAGUGCAUUGCCAACAACACGGCCGGAGUCGCCACGCACACAUACACCCUCAAGGUGGAAGCGGCUCCAUACUUCACCAAGAAGCCCCGUAGUCUGCUCUACACCCCUGGGGAGACGGUGCGUCUGGAGUGCCAGGUAGAGGGCAUCCCUACGCCAGUACUCACCUGGAGCAUCAACGGAGAACCCAUCUCUGACUUUGAUGAGCCCCGUCGCAAGGUGUCCAAAGGUGCUCUCAUCCUGACGGACGUGAAGACCAGCGACACGGCCGUGUACCAGUGUGAGGCCGUCAACAAGCACGGCACCAUCCUCUCCAACACCUACAUCAACGUUGUUGAGCUGCCCCCUCAGAUCCUGACGGAGGACAAUAAGAAGUACAUGUGGGUGGCAGGCAAGACGGCCAGCCUGGAGUGCAGCGCCUUCGGAUCCCCUCGGCCUAAAGUGCUCUGGGAGAAUGAGGCCAUGGAGCCGGCCCAGUCUCAUGCGCGGAUGUCCCAGACGGUAGACGGCUCCCUGACCAUCACCAACGUCAGUGCGGAGGACAGCGGCCUGUACCUCUGCAGUGUCAUCAACACCAACCUCUCCAUCGCAGCAGAGCUGGAGAUCUUGAAUAGAUCAAAAAUUGUGACGCCUCCACAUAACCUGAGGGUGAGAAGGGGAGACAACGCAAUUAUGACAUGCGAUUUUGUGGUAGACCCGCGACUAGAAGCACCAGAUUUGCUCCACUGGUUGAAAAAUGGUGAUGACAUCAACGAACAUCCAGAGGAUGACAAGUACACAAUAUUUGCGAAUGGCUCGCUUAAAAUCACAAACGUAUCUUUAGAGGAUGCUGGAAGCUACACUUGUGAGGUGGCGACUGCCCUUGACACAGAGAAAGCUUCUGCCUCCAUCACUGUAGUGGACAAGCCGUUUCCUCCGGGUGGUUUGACCAUCUCCGCCCAGACUGAGCGAAGUGUCUCCCUCAGUUGGGUAGCAGGCCGGGACAACAACAGUCCCCUGACAGCGUACUACAUUGAGAUGGAGGAGGCGCAUGGAGAGGGUCCCAUAUGGGAGGAGGUGAAGCAUGUGGAUGCUGACAUCACUCAGGUGGAGUUUCAGCUGAGACCCUACGGCGCGUACCGCUUCCGGGUCAUCGCUGAGAACGACAUCGGCCGGAGCCACGCGAGCCAAGCCACCCCGGCCCAUCAAACACCACCUGCCAUUCCCGAACACUUCCCAAAAGGUAUCCGGAGUGAGUCCACCCAGCCAGACCAUUUAGUGAUCGCUUGGCAGGAAAUGGACAAGCGGGAUCACUAUGGGCCUGACUUCAAGUACCAAGUGUCCUGGAGGCCAGGUCAAGGGCAUGGCCAUGGCCACGGUUGGGACAGUCAGCUCGUGAGCGGCAACCGCUUCGUGGUCAACGGCACGGACACGUUCAGGCCGUUCGAGAUCAAGUUGAAGGCCGUCAACAGCAUCGGCGAUGGCCCAGACUCUCCGGCCAUCAUCGGACACUCUGGAGAAGACGUUCCCCUGGAGGCUCCGAAGGAUGUGACGUUAGACCUCCUCAACGGCACGGCCAUUGUGGUCAAGUGGGUCCCUGUGCCGCCGCAGACGGUGCAAGGCCAUCUCAAGGGAUACAGGAUCCAUGUGAGGAGGCUUCCUUCUCCCGGGAGGCAGAGGCGCCACCUGCUGGAGAGAUGGCCCGGUACAGAGGCUGGCAGGGAGCACGAACAGGGGGACGACCUGGAGGAGCAGGAGGAGAGAGUGCUGGAGGUGUUGGGCUACAAGGAGGAGGCGGUGGUGGCUGGGUUACAGUUCUUCUCUACGUACGAGCUGACGGUCACGGUGUUCAACAGCAAGGGAGACGGGCCCCACUCCACGCCCAAGAGCAUCGAGACUCCAGAGGGAGCCCCGGGCCCUCCCAUCUUCCUCGAGUUCGACAGCCCGUCCGAAACAGAGCUCAUUCUGCACUGGCGUCCCCCACUAAAGCGGAACGGUGUGCUGACUGCCUACCUGCUGCAGUAUGGACCGAUCGUAAAUGGAACCACUUCUCUGUUGGAAGUCCCAAUCAAUGACCCGACCAAGACAGACUACAGGUUGGAGCACCUGAACCCUCAGGAGUUUUACUACUUCUCCCUGCAAGGCAAGACCGCUGCUGGACUUGGAGAAAGCACUAAAAUGAAAGGCGCCACCUUGCUGGAUGGAGUCCCUCCGUCCCUCAUCAAUGUGACAUUGGGGGAAGGCUAUGCCAACCUGAGCUGGACGCCAGGCGACAGAUACCGCAACGUUGUCUUUCAAGUUCACUUCCUCAACAAGAACGCUGGAACUGAGUGGGAGAUUUUGGAUGAAGUCAACUCCAACCAGGGCUUUUUCCAGCUGCCCAGUCUAGAGCCAGGAACAGAAUAUCGCCUGAGAAGUGUGCUCAACAACAGCACCUAUUGGGAGGGCGAUAUCCGAACCAAUGGGCCAGCGCUGUCCGUGCUGAACACUAACUUUGCGGCUCAGGGCUGGUUCAUCGGCCUCAUCAGCGCCUGCGUGCUGCUGUUGCUAAUCCUGCUCAUCCUGUGUCUCAUCAAGAGAAGCAAGGGGGGCAAGUACUCAGUGAAAGACAAGGAGGAAGGCCAAGGGGACUCAGAAGGCAGGCCCAUAAAGGACGAACAGUUUGGGGAGUACAGCGACAACGAUGAGAAGCGCACGAUGAGCCAGCCCUCGCUGUGCGGCGAGAGCAAGCUGGGCAGCGAGGACAGCCUGGCGGAGUACGGGGACAGCGUGGACAUCCAGUUCAACGAGGACGGCUCCUUCAUCGGCCAGUACAGUGGCCGCCGCGAGCCCCCCCACGCCGGCCCCGGUGGCGGGCCCGAGAGCUCCGGAGCCGGCUCCCCCAUCAACAACAUGCCCCCCCAGAGCAUCAGCUUCAACAACUCCGUCACCGGCAUCCUGGACCGCUCCAAUUAGAUAGCAGACAAUAGCAGACCCAGUCGGUCGGCAACUCUCUCUGGGCCCGCCCAUGAAAUUGCUUGUUUCCCCCCCUCACCACGUUGGUGGCUAAUCAAUAUGCCAACUGACUGGCAGUGAUUGGACCACACGAGCAUUCGGAGGGGGAAAACAAUGCAGUUUAAUGGGCGGGCCAAUGGAACCGACUGGGUGAAUAGUGUAAGGUGGUGGUGGUGGUGAGAAAGCUCUCUCCACUCCACGUCCUCUCACACAUGUCCAAACAACAACGCCCAUGAAUUGUCUGCCCCCUAGUGGUCAGCUGAGGGGCUGACACAAACACAAAACACAAACACAAGCAAACCGCAUUGACUUUGAUGUACCAAAACGAUCCCCAAUGACACUGCCUGAAACAUAACUGAUUUCAUUCCACUCCCUACUACUACUUCAACUCUAGGACUGACUAUAUGUAGGAGGCAAAAGGGGCCGCAUGUCCAUCAUUCCAGAUAUACUGCCUGUGAUGCCAUUUCAAUCCGACAA